AUGGGGAACGGCGUCAAAAUAUACGUGGAUGUCUUUCGUCCUGAGGGUGCGACAGAAAAGCUAUCAGUCAUUUUUACAUUCAGUCCCUACGGAAAACAUGGCCUGAAAACCUUUGAGAUCUUCCCUGGAGCCGACGUUCCCAAAGCGUUGAUUUCCAAAUAUGCUGUCUGGGAAAGCAUUGAUUUUGUGGUUUGGACUGAGAUAGGAUAUGCCGUGAUCAAUGGUGAUUGUCGCGGCUCAUGGGGAUCCGAAGGUGAUCAGGAAGUUUUCAGCUUACAGGAGAGCGAAGAUGGCCAUGAUUGCAUUGAAUGGGCAGGCAAACUACCUUGGUCUAACGGGAAAGUUGGUAUGAUUGGUGUUUCCUACUUGGCUAUUGUACAAUGGGGCAUUACGGCGCAGAAACCGCCACAUCUGGCAGCCUUUUGCCCCUGGGAGAGGUUCACCGACUUCUACCGUGAUUAUACCCACCAUGGUGGCUUUCCGGACGGAAACCAAUGUGCCUAUCGGAACCUGAGCAAGAUUAUCGCACCGGCUUAUAUUGUCGCGGACUGGGGUGACCAUAGCAUGCAUACCGGAGGCACUUUGAACGGCUUCAUGGGUAUCAGCUCGAAGGAGAAAUGGCUUGAAGUGCAUGGACGCAAAAAAUGGAGAUACUUUUUUGAACAGGAAAGCGUUGCAAGCCAGGAUGCUUUCUUUAAAAAAUACCUAAAGGGCGAAGCAAGUGAGAUCGAUCGUCUCCCCCGUGUGCGCUUAGAGAUUCGGGAUCGUGCUUACGAAUCGACCGUGCAGGAUGACUGUGUUCGCUUUUACCACAAUUUCAACGAGGACACCGGUCUCACGGGAAACAUGUGA